AUGUCUGACGAAAUCGACUUCACCGUGGGGCGUUGGCAACCCGCCAGCUCUUCGAUCAGCGAAUGCAAUGUACCCCAGGAACCGCUCUCGGAAGACGCCUAUAUCACCAACUUGCGUCGUGAAGCGCUCUCCGGGGAAAUCAAGCGAGUGGAACAGCGUUCCUUUGCCAUGGGGCGCCACCCUUCGUAUCUCGCCUACAUGGUCGAGCAGAAACACCAGCAGAAUCAGCUGAACGCUGCACCAAGCACACAGAGUGUGCACAGCGUGCAGCCAAAACGGGUUGAAGACAACCACCCCUCGUUGUCUUCCAAUGCGUGGCAGACUCGCCGUCUCGGUUAUUUGCACGCAUCCAACGCCUCCGCGGCCGAGGCAGAAGCCAGGGAUAUGAACGUUUUUCCCGUCGGAGAAAUGGAUGCUCCAUGGCCCAAAGAGAUCGGACACGAUUCUGUCACAGUCUUUAGAAGCGGCCAGAGUCACCUGGGGCAUCCACCGCUUUCUCUCUGGCCUACACAAAACUCGGCCACCAUCAUCACCACGACCACUAAUGUCAACUCUUGGCUAGCCAGCAAACAACCUCUCGCAGGGAACACAACCACUGCCGCCGCCGCUGCCACGAGUCGCAGCAGCUCUAGGUUCUUCGAUCCCACCUUUGUUAGCAACAACGACAACUCAGCUGGUGUCAACGCAUCUACCAGUGUACACCUCGCACCCAUGCCUCGACUUCGGAUCGACGCUUCCAAGGGGUCCUCUCGCGCGCCCCUGCAGCCAUGGUCGGAGAGCAGGGUUGCUCACAACAGAUCACAUCUCGACAGCAUACGCAAUGUCAACGGCAACGCCACGAUCAACAAGACGCCCACGGCCAUCGUGUGCGGCGACGAUACUCCAACUUCAAACGCCCCAACGAACCUGUUAGCGGAAUCUACGUCAUGGAUCCCUUCGUCUGGUGCUGAGCUUCGAAGCUGCAGCAGCAACACCACCGGUGGCGCCAGCAACAUCAACUACAUCGGCACCAGUAUCACUCAAAGCGGAGCGCCCUCGCCGGUCCAGAAGCAGGAGCCCUCGCAGCUGUCUCUCGAGUCACUUGUCAUCAACAGCAUCGAUAAUGUUGCCGGCCAUGAGGAAACCGCCGGCCCCGUUCAUGGUAACAACCCCACCGGCAACGGCAACAGUAGUCACGGCAACAACAACGGCAACAACAUCAGCCAGCAGGAGACGCAAGGUGCGCGGUCUGGCCCUCGCUUCACGGUACCGGCCGCCGCCAAGAGAACGACAACCGCAUUGGUCUCGCGUGCACGCUCGCCCCUCCCAGUUCCCACCACCAGAGACGUUGACACGUCGGCCAUCGUAUCCGCUCCUCAGGGACCCCCGGCCCCGGGUUUCUUGCUACCCAUGACGGGCUACGAGUUUGAGCUCAACCAUGGCCACAACCUGCUGGAGCUACUCAGGCAGAAGCAGUGGGCGCAAGCGCAGCUGUUUUCGUGCAACGAGAACAACCGGUUUAAGCACACGCAGACGACGGCGUGCAUCGUCGCCGUCAAUGGACGCAUCAUUGGGCCGUACCGGGCAGAGAGUCUGCGGUGCUAUGGCACAAACCCCGAGAUUGAAGGUCUGCGGGUGACCAUGACAGUGAAUGAGGGCGACCGCAGACACAUCGAUGCCGCCGAGAUCGACAGUAAAGAUGCUGCGUCGAUGCCUGUCUUCCGGAACGCCACACUGGUGCUGCGGCAUCAAAUUAUUAUGACGCAUCCUUUGCGCACCUACCACCACCACCAUCAGAAGCAGCAGCCACACCACGAUUUCUCGCAGUAUAUGCCGUCAUCGUCGUCCAACACGACGUCUAUUGCGGCGCUAAUGUCGUCUAUAUCCCAGCUACCUGGUAGUGACCGGGCCUCGGCACUGUCGACAAGCACCCGCGCCCGGACGAAUACGGGGCAAAGCACCGCGAGCAGCAGCAUCGGCGGUGGCACGGCUAGUACGGCUGCUUCGACGAGCCACCGCUACAGCAUUUCGUCGACCGUGUCGGGCGCGUCGUCCACGGCUACUUCGUCGUCGUCGCACCAACAGGGCGGUCGUCGGUAUCUCUUUGCCACAACGACCAUCCCCCUGUACGCUGGUAUCGCAGCCCGGCCGGGAUACCGCCCUAUUGAGGCCAGCGCCGCCGCCGAGCGCAUUCGCGAGUGGGGCGGGCGGCCAGACAAGGGCGUCUUUGGCAAUUCGUGGCUCGUGCACAUGGCAAUCGAACCGCGUCACGUCCAGCAUGACAUCGAUACGAAGAUUAUGGAGCAGGUCCAACGGCUGACGAGCCAUCGCAAUGGCGGGGGUCGAGUCGAUUAUGGUGGUGGCCCAGGUGCGCCAACGUGUGAUGCGACAGAGGUCCAGAUCAUGCGCAUGGUCAAUGAGAGCAUGGCGAAGAUCGUGGCCCGAGAGGGAACGCUAUCGGUGAUGUUGUCGAACCACAUCACUCAAAAGAGGAUUGCGCGCCAGUGUCCCGAUCUGGUGGCCAUGUGGGUGAUGGCCCAGGAGCAUCUGUGA